AUGUAAGAUAAUGAUUUAAAAAUUCACAGUUAUUUUAAAUCGAACUUAUCACUAUAAAAAUAAAUAAUGACCUCGAUAAACUGAAGUGUUUUAUAUUUUUUAUACUUAAUUAUUUUAAAAACCUUUUAUGUUUGUUUGCUUUAUCAGCUUAUUCUAAUUUAAUUUAAGGUUAUAUACUACAAUUAUGCUUUGUAAAUAUUGUGAAUUCAAAACGUAAAAAAGUUAUAAUAUUUGUUGUGAUGACGAUUUUCGUCAGUAAUAUUCGCCGAGAAGCAGCGAGAAUUUUAUUUAAUUUGCGGACAUCGACAAAUAAUUCAAUAAAAUUGUCUAUCAUGAGACAUCAGUCGACGAGUUUUUUACCAAAACGUGUUCUUAUUGUCACAAAAGUAUCAAGAUUCAAAUUUGAACGGUUGCGAGAACCAGAUAUUGAUGAAUCGCUAUUUAAAAUUCGUUUAUUAGAACGAGGAUCAAAUUAUGAUUCGAUGUUAGCAAAUCAUGAAAAAAAUAAAAUUGUUGAGAGAAAACUCGUGGAUACUUUAGAAAAAAGAAACAUUGAAUAUAAAAUAACAAAUAGAUUCACUAUUGAACAGGCGCACUUUGAUUGGGCUGAUUUGAUAAUAGCAGUCGGUGGUGAUGGAACAUUUUUACUUGGCGCUAAUCUUAUUAUUGACAAUAAAAAACCGAUUCUCGGAAUAAAUUCCGAUCCAGAUUCAUCAGAAGGGUAUUUGAUGCUGGAUCGACGAUACACUGAUGAUAUUCCGAAGAUUUUUGAACUAAUGAACGCGGGUGAUUAUGAAGUUGUCAUGAGGACUAGGAUUAGAGUGACGAUUCAAGGAGAAAAAAAUCAAAUUUGGCAACCAACGUUUCAUAUGCAUGAAAAAAAUCAUAUUGUUGGUCAGAGUAACUAUCAAGUUAAUAGCAAUAAAGUUUCAGAUUCGGACAGUCAAGUAUCUGACCAACGAAAAUUACCUUGGCUGGCAUUAAAUGAAGUAUUUAUAGGUGAAGCAUUGUCAGCUAAAACAAGUUUGCUGGAAAUCCGUAUAGAUGAUGAAGAAAAUUAUCACAAAUUCAAGAGUUCUGGACUUUGCGUAAGUACCGGAACAGGUUCGAGUGCGUGGUAUAAAGCAAUAAAUAGUUUGACACCACAAACUGUUAAAGAAAUUUUAAAUGUUGCUUCGCCAACUAGUAAAUAUACUGACAAAGAAAUUGACAAAAUUUCUAACGAUUACAACAAUAGUCUUCAAUUUUUAUCAGAUGACGUGCGAAUGAGUUAUGCUAUUAGAGAUAUUAUUUUAAAUGAUAUAUGGCCAUUACCGAAAACAAUGAAACCCCGUGCAUUCUGUAAUCGUUUAACAAUAAGAUCACAUUGUUAUGAUGCAGGGUUGGUGUUGGACGGUGGUAUAGGUGUACCAUUCAAUAUUGGCUCGAUUGCCAUUCUCGAGACACAUCCAGAUGAUGCGCUUAGAACGAUUAAAUUACCAAAUUAAAUAAUUUAUUCAUAAUUUUAUCGACGUAAAUUUUAGGAAACUUGAUUCUUAUAAAACUCAAGAAUUAUUAUUGAUAAAAUCAUACCUUUAUUGUGAUUUUAUUAGAAAGCGUAAGAUAGAAAAAAAAAUUAUAUAUAUAUUAGGGUGCGUCAAAAAAAAGAACAAAUUUUUUUUUCUUUAGUUACCGUGAAAAUAUGGUUAAAGAAGAUGAAAAAAAAAUUCUGGUAAAGUUUGAGCUCGUAAUAUUAAUAAUAAGAGAUGGCGCUUCGUGAUUUUUGAUUUCCCAUUUUAAUAACAUGGAAAAAAAAAUUUUUCUAGUUUGGAAUUUUUUACCUUAGCAAUGGCUCAUUGUAUGAAUAAGUCCAGUACAUAUUUUGUAGGAAAUUUAAAGCUGUACAAAAAAAGUCUCUUAUCAUUUUUCGAUAAAUCCCACUGUUCAAAAUUUAUUGGAGCUCGGAUCAAGUUAGAAUAAAUUUCGAGAUCUUUUUACUUUUCCAGCGAAACUAUCAGACUUAUGAAAAAAUGUCAUGAAAUCUUUUUUGUAGAGAAUUUUAUUUCCUACAAAUUAUCAUUGAUAAAUUUUUUUCAAAUUCUACAUUGUUUUCUGGUUAUUUCCAUUUUAAUGCCAUGCCCUUAAAAUCGAUCAGAACACUAUUUUUUUAGGAGCUUGGCAUUAAAAUGGAAAUAACUAAAAAACAAAACGGUAUUUCAAAAAAAUUUAUCAGACAUAAUUUGUAGGAAAUAAAAUUGUGUAUAAAAAAGAUUCUGAGACAUUUUUUCAGAAGUCUGAUAGUUUCGCCGGAAAAGUAAAAAGAUCUUGAAAUUUACUCUAACUUGACUUCGAGCUCCAAUAACUUUUGAACAGAUGAAUUUAUCAAAAAAUGAUAAGAGACUUUUUUUGUAGAGCAUUAAAUUUUCUACAAAAAUGUAUGCUGGGCUUAUUCGUACAAUGAGCCAUUGCCGAGGUGAAAAUUCCAAACUAAAAAAUUAUUCUUCUUCCAUGAUAUUUAAAUGGUAAAUCAAAAAUCUCGAAGCAUCACAUCUUAAUAUUAAUAUUAAGAGCUCAAACUUUACCGGAAUUAUUUUUUCAUCAUCUUUAACCAUAUUUUCACGGUAACUAAAGAAAAAAAAAUUAGUUAUGUUUUUUGGCCCUUCCUAAUAUAUAUAAAACGAUUAACGAUAAUAGUAAAUAACUUUUUAAUAAUAAAAGGUCGCGAUGUUGAAAAAUUAUGAUAUCAUGGUCCGAUAAUUCUGUUGCUGACAAAGUAAUUUACAAUCAUAUACGAAAAAUAAUGAUUUAUUUUAUUAUCAUAUGUAUCUUAACUUUCGAUCAAAUCACAAUAAAUUGACGAAAUUUUAAUUCUUGAAUUUUAUUUAAAUCAAAAUUAUUUACGAUUUUUUUUAUAAUUAAAAAACAUUAAUAUUAUUACAUCACGAACAAAAUUUAUUUUAUCUAAUAUAUAGAUAUUUCAUAAUUAUGUUAAUAUAUUUUUUCAUAAAUAAAAAAAUUUUUCGAAUA